GGCUACAUCGGCCGCUGCCAUCUCCAACCCCCCCCACCCCACUCCCCCGCCACGGCCCCUAGCCCCUGGCCGUUUGGCAAGACCCCCGCAUACCCCGGGGCUUCCCGAUAUCCAGUUCCCCUCCCCCACCCCAGCUCAUGCCCCAGCCCCAGAACUCCGGGGCUGCCAGCCCCCUGUGCCCCUGCCCCUCCUGAGAAUCGGGGUGUGCUCCUCAAGCCCCCUCCCCUCCACUGGGGAGCCCCUUUUAGGGUCCCCCCUCCCUUCCACGCUCCCCUACCCUUCUCUUCUCCAACCUUCUCCUUCCCCUCUCACCCCUCCCCCCAUCCUGGCCCCCCCUGCAAAAGUGGGGUGCGGAGGGGGGAGGGGUGAGAACCCACCGAGGGGAGGAACAAAACUCCAAUGAAGUCAGAGCCCCCUACUCGCCGCCGCGGCCAGGCCCCCCAACAUGGACUGUCUCUGUAUAGUGACAACCAAGAAAUACCGCUACCAAGAUGAAGACACGCCCCCUCUGGAACACAGCCCGGCCCACCUCCCCAACCAGGCCAAUUCUCCUCCUGUGAUUGUCAACACGGACACCCUAGAAGCCCCAGGAUAUGUGAACGGCACAGAGGGGGAGAUGGAGUAUGAGGAGAUCACAUUGGAAAGGGGUAACUCAGGUCUGGGCUUCAGCAUCGCAGGUGGCACUGACAACCCACACAUUGGUGAUGACCCAUCCAUUUUUAUCACCAAGAUCAUUCCUGGUGGGGCUGCAGCCCAGGAUGGCCGCCUCAGGGUCAAUGACAGCAUCCUGUUUGUAAAUGAAGUGGAUGUCCGGGAGGUGACCCAUUCAGCUGCGGUGGAGGCCCUCAAAGAGGCGGGUUCCAUCGUUCGUCUCUAUGUCAUGCGCCGGAAACCCCCAGCUGAAAAGGUCAUGGAGAUCAAGCUCAUCAAAGGGCCUAAAGGACUUGGCUUCAGCAUCGCAGGGGGCGUUGGGAACCAGCAUAUCCCUGGAGAUAACAGCAUCUAUGUAACAAAGAUUAUCGAAGGAGGUGCUGCCCACAAGGACGGCAGGUUGCAGAUUGGAGAUAAGAUCCUGGCGGUCAACAGUGUGGGGCUAGAGGACGUCAUGCACGAGGAUGCCGUGGCAGCCCUGAAGAACACAUAUGAUGUUGUGUACCUAAAGGUGGCCAAGCCCAGCAAUGCCUACCUGAGUGACAGCUAUGCUCCCCCAGACAUCACAACCUCAUAUUCUCAGCACCUGGACAAUGAGAUCAGUCAUAGCAGCUAUUUGGGCACCGACUACCCCACAGCCAUGACCCCCACUUCCCCUCGGCGCUACUCCCCCGUGGCCAAGGACCUGCUUGGGGAGGAAGACAUUCCCCGGGAACCAAGGCGGAUCGUGAUCCAUCGGGGCUCCACCGGCCUGGGCUUCAACAUCGUGGGCGGCGAGGACGGUGAAGGCAUCUUCAUCUCCUUCAUCCUUGCUGGAGGUCCAGCUGACCUCAGUGGGGAGCUACGGAAGGGGGACCAGAUCCUGUCGGUCAAUGGUGUUGACCUCCGCAAUGCCAGUCAUGAGCAGGCUGCCAUUGCCCUGAAGAACGCGGGUCAGACAGUCACGAUCAUCGCUCAGUAUAAACCAGAAGAGUAUAGUCGAUUCGAGGCCAAGAUCCAUGAUCUUCGGGAACAGCUUAUGAAUAGUAGCCUGGGCUCAGGGACUGCAUCCCUACGAAGCAACCCCAAGAGGGGCUUCUAUAUCAGGGCCCUGUUUGACUACGACAAGACCAAGGACUGCGGUUUCUUGAGCCAGGCCCUGAGCUUCCGCUUUGGGGAUGUGCUUCAUGUAAUUGAUGCUAGCGAUGAGGAGUGGUGGCAAGCGCGGCGGGUCCACUCUGACAGUGAGACCGAUGACAUUGGCUUCAUUCCCAGCAAACGGCGGGUUGAGCGACGAGAGUGGUCAAGGUUAAAGGCCAAGGACUGGGGCUCCAGCUCUGGAUCACAGGGUCGAGAAGACUCGGUUCUGAGCUAUGAGACAGUGACGCAGAUGGAAGUGCACUAUGCUCGCCCCAUCAUCAUCCUUGGGCCCACCAAAGACCGUGCCAAUGAUGAUCUUCUCUCCGAGUUCCCCGACAAGUUUGGAUCCUGUGUCCCUCAUACGACACGUCCUAAGCGGGAAUAUGAGAUAGACGGCCGGGAUUACCACUUUGUCUCCUCCCGGGAGAAAAUGGAGAAGGACAUUCAGGCGCACAAGUUCAUUGAGGCUGGCCAGUACAACAGCCACCUCUACGGGACCAGCGUCCAGUCUGUGCGAGAGGUAGCAGAGCAGGGGAAGCACUGCAUCCUCGAUGUCUCGGCCAAUGCCGUGCGGCGGCUGCAGGCGGCCCACCUGCACCCUAUCGCCAUCUUCAUCCGUCCCCGCUCCCUGGAGAAUGUGCUAGAGAUCAAUAAGCGGAUCACAGAGGAGCAAGCCCGGAAAGCCUUCGACAGAGCCACAAAACUGGAGCAGGAGUUCACAGAGUGCUUCUCAGCCAUCGUAGAGGGCGACAGCUUUGAAGAGAUCUAUCACAAAGUGAAACGUGUCAUCGAAGACCUCUCAGGCCCCUACAUCUGGGUCCCAGCCCGAGAGAGACUCUGAUUCCUGCCCUGGCCUGGCCUGGACUCACCCUGCCUCCACCACCUGGGCCCUUGGUCUGGACUGAAUAGCCCAAGCCCUUCUUACCCCAGCCUCCCUUCCUACCCUUCUUAUUUAUUUCCUUUCUGACUGGAUCGAGCCCAUUGGAGGGGGGACACUCCUCUGCAUGUAUCCCUGCACCCCAGAUCAGGGCCCCUAGACCCCAGGAACCUGGGGUCUGGGGGGAGGAGCUGGGCUCCUGGUUCCGAGCCCUUGCUCCUUAGGACCCCUACCCCCUCGACCGCCCCCAUGCACACACAGACCCACUGGGGGCCUCUGCCCUCCCCAUUUUCUCCCACACACAUUCCAGAAGUCAGGGCCCCUCUCAAGGAGAACCCGCUGUAGGGAUGCAGGGCCGCAGGCUUCCGCACUCUCCAGAGGCAGGGGCUGGGGUCACCCCUGCCCCGUCAUAGCUCCCCACGCCGUUUGAGUUCUCAUUUAUUUUCUCCAUUUUUUUCUUCUCAAAGGUGGUUUUUGGGGGGAGAAGUAGGGGGCCCUCCUGAGGGUCCUCCAUCUUUCACACACCUCCCACCUUUUUUCUUUGCCGGUUUGCAUGAGUGGAAGGUCUAACUGUGGCUUUUUUUUUUCUGGGAUUUUAUUUUCUUUCUUUUUUUUCUUUUUCUUUUUUUUUUGGGGGGAAAAGGGGAGGGAUGGGUCGAGGGAGUGGGGAAUAUGGGAGGGGGUGGGGGGCACGGGGUCAAGGGUUGGGUGUCCGGGAGCCAGGGGAGGACAGGAAAUGCUGCCGCCUUCUGCAAUUUAUUUAUUUUUUUCUUUUGAGAGAGUGAAAGGAAGAGACAGACACUUGAAACCCCGUGUGUGGCCUGGUUCUUUGGGGUGAGGGAGGGAAGUGGAGAGAGAGACCCAGGUCGGGGCCUGGGAUGGCUGGCUCUGAGAACUUCAGAUCCUUCCUUACCUCACAGAGAAUAGGGUGCCUAAAAGGGUUCUGGGGAGGGAUUACCAGACUGAGGCAGACAGAGAAGGUGAUGACGAGCCUGGGAAAAGCUGGAGCUGUGCUAGUCCCUGGCAGACUUGCUGUCGAUUUCUGCAAGCUCAGUCUGGCCCUGACCACUCUUCUAGCUGCAUCCCCAUUGACAGCACAUUCAUACCUAAAGAAAAAUGCAGAAGCUCCUCGGCUUACAGUAGGUUGAAAAAGACCUAUGUCUAAAACUGUACAGAAUGUACAAAUCUAAUAUACCUAACUGGCUGGACAUUAGGGUGCAGCUCCAUCCACCUUAAAGAGCUCAGAGCAUAGGCCCAUGGUUGGGCAAAGCCUGUUGAGUCAUCAAGUACUGAACAGCUCAGGUGACAGCCUGGCAGCUGAAGCCACGGCUGCUCAGCAGCAGGAGCCACUCAGUACAUCUCUGGCCCCUAAAAAGAUAGAAGAAAAAAAUCCAGUUAUGCAGGCAUAUGCCUGUAAUCCCAGCGUUUAGAAAGCUGAAGCAAGAGAAUUGGGAGUUCAGGGUUAGCCUAGGCUAUCUAGCCUGAGCUUCAGAAUGAAGUUACUUUAAAAAGUCAAACAAAAUGCAACAAAAACAAAAAAGUAGUUUUUACCGAAUGUAUAUUUCUUGAUGUUGUUUCAAAGCAGAAAAACUCUAGGUUGACCCAUUAAAGAUGGGUCUGCAUAGAGGAAACGUUCUUUGUUAUAUUUAUGGGGUUGUGGACAGAAUCUUUUUUUGUCUAUUUGUUUGUUUUAUUUUUUAUUUUCCAGACCUUGUUUCUCUAUGAAACUGUCCUGGAACUCACACUGUAGAAGAGGUUGGCCUUGAAUCUGCCUGCCUCUGCCUCCCAAGUGCUGGGACUAAAAGCGUCACCACCACUGAGUGGUGUAGACAGAUCUUUUCAAGAGUUUGCUGGCUGAGGGAUGCCGUAUGAAUAGUUACGUUGGGUUUCUUUGUGUGCCACUUAGGAGGAUUUGAGGAGUCUUGGCAAAUAUUGUGGCUAAGAUAACAGAAAUGUGACCCCAGAUAGAAAAGCUGGAGAAAUGAAGAUGAACAUUUAAUUUCAGAACUUGGCAGAUAAGCUACUUGCUGGCACCAACCAGCUGUGAUACCAUCCCCGAGUCUGUCUGAUUGUCAGGGAAACCCUCCCCCCGACCCCCAUGCACAAUAGAAGGCUCAGGUGGGAGGUCCUAUCAGUUCUUAAAUCCUCAACUGCAAAAGGACAGUUUCUGUAGCUGUCCCUGAGCAAAAAUGAGAGAUGGCUGUAAAGACCAACCUAGAAGAAGUGAUUCUAGGGAGGACAUGCCAUCCAGCAGUCAAAGCAGAGGUCACUGGACUGCUGGCUGUCAUGUAAACCCAUGACUCUCUGGAUUGCCCAGGGCAAUUGUCCAUGUAGCACCGUGACCCACGAGUCUGAGGAUGUGGGACCCAGGGGUCUGAACGCCGGGGAAAGCCCCCAUGGUUCUGACAUCUUGGUGCUUUAGAGGUACUUUCAGGUAAUUCUCUUAGCUUGGUUCUGUGUGGGAUGAGGCUGUGCUGAUGUUCCUGUUAGGAGCCAAAAGGAGACGUCAAGGAGCCAGGGCAGGUGUCCUAAUGAGUCUGGGUCCAAGGAGUCGAGGAGCCUUUACCUGGAAGGGGUACAUCUCCCAGCUUUGUUUCUUUGUUACAAAGUUUCCCAGACUGGCCUUGAACUUGUCAUCUUGCUACAGCGUCCUGAGCGCCGGGAUUACAAAUGUUCACCACCACACGAGGCUCAAAGUCUGCAUUAUUAAUACUGCUUUUAAUUAAAAAAAUUAAAUUCA